AGCUAGCUGGCUGGUCUUUUACACACGAGGACAGAGUGGAAACAGGACGACAGCUAGCAUUAGGCAGGGUAAGUACUGCAGCUAGCUGGCUGGUCUUUUACACACGAGGACAGGGAGGAAACAGGACAACAGCUAGCAUUAGGCAGGGUAAGUACUGCAGCUAGCUGGCUGGUCUUUUACACACGAGGACAGGGAGGAAACAGGACAACAGCUAUCAUUAGGCAGGGUAAGUACUGCAGCUAGCUGGCUGGUCUUUUACACACGAGGACAGGGAGGAAACAGGACAACAGCUAUCAUUAGGCAGGGUAAGUACUGCAGCUAGCUGGCUGGUCUUUUACACACGAGGACAGGGAGGAAACAGGACAACAGCUAUCAUUAGGCAGGGUAAGUACUGCAGCUAGCUGGCUGGUCUUUUACACACGAGGACAGGGAGGAAACAGGACAACAGCUAUCAUUAGGCAGGGUAAGUACUGCAGCUAGCUGGCUGGUCUUUUACACACGAGGACAGGGAGGAAACAGGACAACAGCUAUCAUUAGGCAGGGUAAGUACUGCAGCUAGCUGGCUGGUCUUUUACACACGAGGACAGGGAGGAAACAGGACAACAGCUAUCAUUAGGCAGGGUAAGUACUGCAGCUAGCUGGCUGGUCUUUUACACACGAGGACAGAGUGGAAACAGGACGACAGCUAGCAUUAGGCAGGAAGUCCUCCAAGGCAUCAGAGGAUGGCAGUGGUGAUCUGAAGAGAGACAGAACGGAGAGAAAGAGUGUCGGUUUCCUCAACUCUGUUAGUGUGAUCUCAGCGCUUGGAGGAGACAGCAGUACAACCACCAGCACCAUGGAGGUGGAGGCCCACCCUGAGAGCUGCUACCACAGCCAAGGGCUCAACGGCCAGGGCAACAAACACCAGCCCCAGCCCCUGGACAUUGAGGUAGCUCAUGAGAUAGCCUACCUAGAUGAGGUGUUGGAAGCUAACUGCUGUGACCCCGGGGUUGAUACCACGCCAUCACCCUCUAACGGGAUGGCGACCACUGAGAAACACCCCAGGGAGGUCAACAUCGACGGGACUGGACCAUCUGUCAACAUCUCCAACACAGACACAACAUGCCAUGAGGUCAUAGUAGAGGGGAGAAAGCAGACUAUCUUCAUUGGACACCAGGAUGUCAAUUACACCAACAAUACCAAUAACACCAGGCCCAACGGCCACUCUGGGCCAAUGGGAGGAAAGCAGGAGAACUACAGGAAGCAGGGAGGAGAGACAAUAUCCCCCACUAUGACCACCAUCAAGAAGGAAGCUCGUUUCGAGCUGCGGGCCUUCCAGGAGGAGAAGAAGCCAUCCAAGCUGUUCGACCCGUGUGAGAAGGAAGUACGCGUGAAGAAGGUGCGUCCCUCGGAGGAGGUGGUAGAGCUGGAGAGGGAGAGGUUGGAGCUGAUCAGGGGCCAGGCAGUAAAGAAGAACCCAGACAUGGGGACAAAGUGGUGGAACCCUCCUCAGGAGAAGAGUCUGGAGGAGGAGCUUGAGCCAGACAAACUAGAGUCACACAGGAAGUACGAGGAGAGGAAGCAGCAGAGGAGGUCAGAGUUCACUGGUGGGAUGUCCCAGAUGUACGCCCAGGACUCCAUGACCUUGGACCCUAAUGCUGACCCUGAGGCUGGCCGCGACACGCCCGAGCUCUUCCAGAGCACCAAGGAGGACAUGCUGGUGGAGCAGAUGGACUUCUCUACCGCCAGGAAGCAGUUCCUCCAGAUGGAACACGCAAGGCAGCAGGCAGCCGAGACGUCACAGGUCACAGCUCCCAACUCGGCCAAGCCCUUCUCCAGAUCACCAGACACCGUGAUCCACGUGGAGCGAUCCUCCGAUUACGUCACUGUGGGCUACAGCAGUUACCAGGACUCACCACUAGAGGACAGCGACACAACCACCACAACAGUCCGGACAGAGAGGAUCUACUGCAGCCCAGAAGGGUCCCAGUCCCCCACCUCUACCGUGGGGAGGGUCCUGGGUCUGGGGCUGGGACAGGGACAGGGAGAGCCCAGUAAUAGUGGCCCCAGGGAGGCCUCGAUGGAGAACAGAUACAGAGACGGAGACUUUACCUGCGCCAGGGCCGUCAUGACCAUCAUAAAAGAUGAGAAGGAUCCUCUGUACCUCCAUCAUCAUUCCUCCUCCCUCCACAGCCCCAGCGCCUCUCUGUCCUCCUGCAACCCCAAGGAAUGUGACUCCGGGCUGGAUGAGCUUUCCCUGCGGUCCCUGGAUAACUCUAUGCUGGAUACCCUGUCAAAAGACUUCAGCAUGAGUAACGUAUCCGACAGCGGGGCGUCAAAUGAGCCCAUGUCGGCCUCCUACCUGGCGGAGACGUCUCUGGGAGAGUACUCCUUCCCCUCCACCCCACAGUCCACUACACCCGUCAACGGAAAGAUGGAGGGAGGCACCACCAUGUCCCCUGGGGAGCAGAACGAGGGAAGUCAGAGUCUGUCGGAGCAAGAGCUGGAGUACCAUGCAGGUAUGCUGGUGCAGAGUAUCAUCCAGCACGCCCUGAUUAAUCAGAACCAGUCUCAGCAGGGUGAAGAGUGGCAGAGGGUCCCCCCCCUCCAGAUGAGGCACUCAGACGUUCUACAUCCAUUUUAUGGGAACCUUUCAUCACUACCAACAGAAUAUCAGUCACUCACACAUCUAGACCUCCACUCUCCACCACCUCCCCAGCUCCACUUACCUCCAAGCCCACUGCAGCAGUCACCAACACCCUUACAGACCCUCCAGUCAGCUCCACCCCAGUACCAGUCAACUCCAUCACCUCAGCCGCUGUCACCUCCAGCCCAGUUCCAGUCAAGUCCAACCCAACAUCAGUCUCCUUCACCCCAGCUCCAGCCCCUCCCAACCCAGGUAGAGAGACCUACCUAUGUCCAGGUAGAGAGACCUACCUAUGUCCAGAUGGAGAGACCUACCUACGCCCCCCUUCCACAGAGAUCUUCCUCCGGGGGUCCUAAGAUCCUCGUCCAGUCCGCACUCAGUCGCUCACUGGCCCUAAACCCAGACCCGGUCCCAGUCCGCACUCCUGUCCUCAUCCCUCCCCGUCCCAUAGAGCCCUAUCAGGCUCCAGAGCUGCCCCGGACCCUGGGUGAAAAGGACCAGUUUAGCUACUUCACUAAGUACUCCGAGGCGGCCGAGCUCCGCAGCACAGCCGCAGCGACCAGAGCCCAGGAGACAGAGCAGAGCACCGGGCCGUUCAAGCUGCGCUCCCGGAAGCAGAGGACUCUGUCCAUGAUCGAGGAAGAGAUCCGAGCGGCGCAAGAGAGAGAGAAAGAGCUGAAGAAGCAGAGACUGGGAUCGGUGCGGUCAGGACCGGAUCCCAGAGACAACCAGACUGGCAGACCCAAGACGAUGACUAUCAACCCCAAGGACAAGCACAAGACCAAUAGCCUGCCCGCCAAACUCAGCCUCUCUGGGAGCCUGCCACCCACCAAACUCACCCUCACCAGCAAGACGGCACCAGGUAAGAUAAAUCCUUCUGCAUCCCCCUCCUCGUCUGAGAAUCCUUCUGCAUCCCCCUCCUCGUCUGAGAAUUCCUCGCCCCUCUUGGACCUGGGCUGUGACGACUCUGGGGAGAGCGGGCGCCCCAAAAACUUCAUGCAGACCCUGAUGGACGACUACGAGAAUCACAAAGUGAAGCGCCGGGAGAAAGUAGAGGACAACAGUGUGUUGGAGGCCACCCGCGUCACCCGCAGGAAAAGCAACAUGGCGCUGAGGUGGGAGGCGGGGCUUUACACUAACGAGGACGGAGAAGAAAAAGAGGAAGAGGAGUAGUAGUCUGUGACUAUCAGGGAUGGAAGGAGGAGGGACAUAGCAGCAACACAACUACAAGUAUUUAUUUUACUCAAGUAUUCUGAUCACAUGAUCUGUCACAUGAUCUACUGGAUGGACCAACCUGGAGCAUCAGCAAGCCCUGCCAACAGUGAAACGGAGAGACCCAUGGGAUAUGGCUGGUUGCCAAGUGACGGACAAGUAACCGUGAUGACAACAACAGUGUGUUCGGGCAGGUCAUUUUGGAAUGUUUGGACUUUUCCAGAUAAAAGGUGUGUAAAGGACUGUGCAGAUGAUGACAACGAUGAGUCAUACGCCAAGUGAUCCUGAAAUAUUAGAGCUCAAUUUCGAGUCUCAUAGCAAAGGGUCUGAAUACUUAUGUAAAUAAGAUAUUUCUGUUUUUUUUAUAUAUUUAAUACAUUUACAACAACAAAAAUGAAAAUAAAUACAGAAAUAUCUAAUUUACAUAAUUAUUGUCCCCUGAGUCAAUACUUUGUGGAAGUAAAUUUGGCGGUGAUUACUGCUGUGACUCUUUCUAGGUAGGUCUCUUUGGCCAUUAUUAUUUUUUAAAUUCUUCAAGCUCUGCCAAGUUGAUAGUUGAUCAUUGCUCUCCCAGUGUCUCCCAGUGUCUGCUGGAAAGCAAAAUGAAUCAGGUUUUCCUCUAGGAUUUUGCCUGUGCUUAUAGCCGUUUCAGUUUUUUUUGUACAAAAAACUCCUUAGUCCUUGCCGAUGACAAGCAUACCCAUAACAUGAUGCAGCCACCACCAUGCUUGAACAUAUGAAGUGGUACUCAGUGAUGUGUUGUGUUGGAUUUGCCCCAAACAUAACGCUUUGAAUUCAGGACAGAAAGUUAAUUUCUUUGCCACAUUUUUGGCAGUUUUAAUUAAGUGCCUUGUUGCAAACAGGAUGCAUGUUUUUAAAUAUUUUUAUUCUGUACUGGCUUCCUUCUUUUCACUCUGUCAUUUAGGUUAGUAUUGUGGACUAACUACAAUGUUGUUGAUCCAUCCUCAGUGUUCUCCAAUCACAGACAUUAAACUCUGUAACUGCUUUAGAGUCACCAUUGGCCUCAUGGUGAAAUCCCUGAGCAGUUUCCUUCAUCUCCAACAACUGCAUUAGAAAGGACGCCUUUGUCUUUUUAGUGACUUGGUGAUACGCCAUCCAACGUCUAAUUAAUAACUUCACAAUGCUAUAUUUUUUAUUUUGUUUAUUUUUUAGAUCUAACAAUCGAGGCCCUUCUUUGUGAGGCAUUGAAACACCUCGCCGGUCUUUGUGGUUGAAUCUGUGCCUCAAAUCAAAUCAAAUGAUUUGAUUUGAUUUGAUUUGCCUGACAUUCAUUACUUGGUUAAGGGUCCUUACAGAUAAUUGUAUGUGUGGAGUACAGAGAUGGGGUAGUUAUUAAGAAAUCAUGUUAACUACUAUUAUUGAACACCGAACUUAUUACACAAUUUGUUAAUUAAGCACAUUUAUAACUCGUGAGCAUAUUCAGGCUUACCAUAACAAAGGGGUUGAAUACAUAUUUACUCAAGACAUUUCAUCUUUUCAUUUUUUAUUUUUUAUUAAUUUAAAAAAAAAUCUACAAACAGAAUUCCACUUUGACAUUAUGGGGUAUGUAUGUAGGCCAGUGAUACAAAAUGUCAAUUUAAUCCAUUUAAAAAUUCAGUCUAUUACACAACAAAAUGUGGGAAAAGUCCAGGUGUGUAAAUACUUUCUGAAGGCAGUGUACAAUACGACAAUAGAAUGAACUACCAUGGGGACACUCAAAAUGGCCGCCCAUUACAACAAUACGACAAUAGAAUGAACUACCAUGGGGACACUCAAAAUGGCCACCCAUUACGUCAAUACGACAAUAGAAUGAACUACCAUGGGGACACUCAAAAUGACCGCCCAUUACGACAAUACGGCAAUACGACAAUAAGACAAUAGGACAAUAGGACAAUACGACAAUACGACAAUAGAAUGAACUACCAUGGGGACACUCAAAAUGGCCGCCCAUUACAACAAUACGACAAUAGAAUGAACUACCAUGGGGACACUCAAAAUGGCCGCCCAUUACGACAAUACGACGAUACGACAAUAAGACAAUAAGACAAUACGGCAAUACGACAACACGACAAUAGAAUGAACGACCAUGGGGACACUCAAAAUGGCCGCCCAUUACAACAAUACGACAAUAGAAUGAACUACCAUGGGGACACUCAAAAUGGCCGCCCAUUAUGGCAUCAUUCUGAUUCUAUGGAGGAGACACAAUACAUGUCGGGGGAGAUUUAUUUCUAGACUAACACUGUUCAAAGCAUUAAUCAUUCUACUGGUUUCCAAACUGUCUGUGUGUUGUAGUAUUCGAAUGUCAGAUAUUUAUUUUCUUUUUUUUAAUUCUCUGAUCAUUUAUAUUGGCAUUGCUUGUUUAAUUGCUCUCUUCUCUGAUGUACGCCGUUUUGAAGUUUAACAUAAUGAAAUAGGAUGGAUGUGUAUUUCAUCUCUCUAGAAGAAAUGUUCUUAUGUUUGCUUCUGGUGUGCUGGGGAAUAUUGCAAUAAUAUCUCUGCAAAUUGUUUAACUCUUGACCUUGCCAGCUAAGGGAAAGAAUGGUGAGAGUUAUGUUGGGUUUUAAAAAUAUAUUUUUUUUAUGCUUUUUGGAGAUAACACCAUUAUGAUACAAAACAAUGUAUUGGAGUUGCUAGAUUGGACCAAGGACUACACACUUUCAAAGCACCACAAUCUAUUGACGUCAAUAGAGAUAUUUUGCAUGAUAAAAAUAGAACACUUUUUUUUUUAUCCAGAAGUCAUGUCUUUCAAAGGGAUACAUAUUUUUCGUUACACAUUUAAGUAUUUUUCUAAACGUGGAGACAUCCAAUUGCUCUGUCCAGCUCUAUGUUCAGCUCUAUGUCCAACUCUAUGCCCAGCUCUAUGUCCAGCUCUAUGUCCAACUCUAUGUCCAACUCUAUGUCCAGCUCUAUGUUUUAAGUCAAGCUCUACUGUAUGUCCAGCUCUAUGUCCAGCUCUAUGUUUUAAGUCAAGCUCUACUGUAUGUCCAGCUCUAUGUCCAGCUCUAUGUCCAACUCUAUGUUCAGCUCUAUGUUUUAAGUCAAGCUCUACUGUAUGUCCAGCUCUAUGUCCAGCUCUAUGUCCAGCUCUAUGUCCAGCUCUAUGUUUUAAGUCAAGCUCUACUGUAUGUCCAGCUCUAUGUCCAGUUCUAUGUUUUAAGUCAAGCUCUACUGUAUGUCCAGCUCUAUGUCCAGCUCUAUGUCCAGCUCUAUGUUUUAAGUCAAGCUCUACUGUAUGUCCAGCUCUAUGUUUUAAGUCAAGCUCUACUGUAUGUCCAGCUCUAUGUCCAGCUCUAUGUUUUAAGUCAAGCUCUACUGUAUGUCCAGCUCUAUGUUUUAAGUCAAGCUCUACUGUAUGUCCAGCUCUAUGUCCAGCUCUAUGUCCAGCUCUGUUUUAAGUCAAGCUCUACUGUAUGUCCAGCUCUAUGUACAGCUCUAUGUCCAGCUCUAUGUUUUAAGUCAAGCUCUACUGUAUGUCCAGCUCUAUGUCCAGCUCUAUGUCCAGCUCUAUGUCCAGCUCUAUGUCCAGCUCUAUGUUUUAAGUCAAGCUCUACUGUAUGUCCAGCUCUAUGUCCAGCUCUAUGUUUUAAGUCAAGCUCUACUGUAUGUCCAGCUCUAUGUUUUAAGUCAAGCUCUACUGUAUGUCCAGCUCUAUGUCCAGCUCUAUGUCCAGCUCUGUUUUAAGUCAAGCUCUACUGUAUGUCCAGCUCUAUGUCCAGCUCUAUGUCCAGCUCUAUGUUUUAAGUCAAGCUCUACUGUAUGUCCAGCUCUAUGUCCAGCUCUAUGUCCAGCUCUAUGUUUUAAGUCAAGCUCUACUGUAUGUCCAGCUCUAUGUCCAGCUCUAUGUUUUAAGUCAAGCUCUACUGUAUGUCCAGCUCUAUGUUUUAAGUCAAGCUCUACUGUAUGUUCAGCUCUAUGUUCAGCUCUAUGUCCAGCUCUAUGUCCAACUCUAUGUCCAGCUCUAUGUUUUAAGUCAAGCUCUACUGUAUGUCCAGCUCUAUGUUCAGCUCUAUGUCCAGCUCUAUGUCCAGCUCUAUGUUUUAAGUCAAGCUCUACUGUAUGUCCAGCUCUAUGUAUUAAGUCAAGCUCUACUGUAUGUUCAGCUCUAUGUUCAGCUCUAUGUCCAGCUCUAUGUCCAGCUCUAUGUUUUAAGUCAAGCUCUACUGUAUGUCCAGUUCUUUCAUAGCAAAUUCAGAACAAGACAUAGAAGUAUUAACUUCUCUAAAUGGACUGAAUGAACAACACUGAAACCAGAGAUGAUUAGACAACGGACCGGAUAACAAUCAUGCUGUUAUUGACCGACAGACACUACUACAACAAAAGGAACAUGUUGUUUUACUCUGUGGAUGUUGUUCUCCUAAAUGAGGGCCCUGCCAGCUCUACCGUCCCACAAACCAGGUUCUGAGAACUGUUUAGGGAAGUAGGCCAUGUACCGUGGCCCUCCGAGCCCACAGAAUGUUCUAGGCAUGCUCCAAGUCCGUUCAUCUCCCUGACAAAGCACAGGGGCCGCGUUCCAAAUGAUUGUGCUCAGGCAAUGGUCAAAUGAAGUGCACUAUACAGGGAAUAGGGUGUCAAUUGGGACGUGUCCACAAUCCACAAUAUUAUUUUUGUGUUUCUUAUUGUGUUCUAGAAAAUCUUCUUCUUUUUUUACAUUGACAAUUAUUUCAUGGGCUUUCACUAUUGUGUUUCAUGGGAUAUCACUAUUGUGUUUCAUGGGAUAUCACUAUUGUGUUUCAUGGGAUAUCACCAUUGUGUUUCAUGGGCUAUCACCAUUGUGUUUCAUGGGAUAUCACUAUUGUGUUUCAUGGGCUAUCACUAUUGUGUUUCAUGGGCUAUCACUAUUGUGUUUCAUGGGCUAUCACUAUUGUGUUUCAUGGGCUAUCACUAUUGUGUUUCAUGGGAUAUCACUAUUGUGUUUCAUGGGAUAUCACUAUUGUGUUUCAUGGGAUAUCACCAUUGUGUUUCAUGGGAUAUCACUAUUGUGUUUCAUGGGAUAUCACUAUUGUGUUUCAUGGGAUAUCACCAUUGUGUUUCAUGGGAUAUCACCAUUGUGUUUCAUGGGAUAUCACUAUUGUGUUUCAUGGGAUAUCACUAUUGUGUUUCAUGGGAUAUCACUAUUGUGUUUCAUGGGAUAUCACUAUUGUGUUUCAUGGGAUAUCACUAUUGUGUUUCAUGGGAUAUCACUAUUGUGUUUCAUGGGAUAUCACCAUUGUGUUUCAUGGGAUAUCACUAUUGUGUUUCAUGGGAUAUCACCAUUGUGUUUCAUGGAAUAUCACUAUUGUGUUUCAUGGGAUAUCACCAUUGUGUUUCAUGGGAUAUCACUAUUGUGUUUCAUGGGCUAUCACUAUUGUGUUUCAUGGGCUAUCACUAUUGUGUUUCAUGGGCUAUCACUAUUGUGUUUCAUGGGCUAUCACUAUUGUGUUUCAUGGGAUAUCACUAUUGUGUUUCAUGGGAUAUCACCAUUGUGUUUCAUGGGAUAUCACCAUUGUGUUUCAUGGGAUAUCACUAUUGUGUUUCAUGGGAUAUCACUAUUGUGUUUCAUGGGAUAUAACCAUUGUGUUUCAUGGAAUAUCACUAUUGUGUUUCAUGGGCUAUCACUAUUGUGUUUCAUGGGAUAUCACUAUUGUGUUUCAUGGGAUAUCACUAUUGUGUUUCAUGGGAUAUCACUAUUGUGUUUCAUGGGAUAUCACCAUUGUGUUGCAUGGGAUAUCACCAUUGUGUUGCAUGGGAUAUCACUAUUGUGUUUCAUGGGAUAUCACUAUUGUGUUUCAUGGGAUAUCACCAUUGUGUUUCAUGGGAUAUCACCAUUGUGUUUCAUGGGACAUCACUAUUGUGUUUCAUGGGAUAUCACUAUUGUGUUUCAUGGGAUAUCACUAUUGUGUUUCAUGGGAUAUCACUAUUGUGUUUCAUGGGAUAUCACCAUUGUGUUUCAUGGGAUAUCACCAUUGUGUUUCAUGGGAUAUCACUAUUGUGUUUCAUGGGAUAUCACCAUUGUGUUUCAUGGGAUAUCACCAUUGUGUUUCAUGGGAUAUCACUAUUGUGUUUCAUGGGAUAUCACCAUUGUGUUUCAUGGGAUAUCACCAUUGUGUUUCAUGGGAUAUCACUAUUGUGUUUCAUGGGAUAUCACCAUUGUGUUUCAUGGGAUAAAGAAGCUUUGAUUGGAUGUUUCUGCUUAAGUCUGACGACACAUGGGAGAGUGUGUUUCUCUGAUUCUAAUGUGUGUGUGGCAACAGUGUUAACUGAGUGACAAUGUUGCUGUGAUGACAUACAGACAGUAUUCUGUUUGCCUUGGGGGAGAGUGAGAGAGGGAAGAGGGCGAGAGAAGGGUGAGAGAGAGAGGAGGGGAGAGGGAAAGAGCAUGACUUGAACUUCCUAAGAUUGUCAGGGAAGUUGAACUGAGAUUGACCUGUGAACGAGGAAGUGGAGCAUAGUGCAGUACAUAAUCACGCUGAUAUUACUGAAAGACAGUGUUGAUAGUUUGACAUGAUGAACAGCUAGACAAGCUUUUUCUAUCUGAAAUAAUCAUUUUAACUCACAAAAGUAGAGGUUUGUUUUAUUGCCUGGUAGCUUUGAGAUGUUUUUUUAUGAUGAGAGACUUUAUAAAACUUGUGCAGUGGAAAAUACACUAAAGGAAAAUAGUUUUCCUGAGGCCUGUAUCUAAAUGUCAUGUACAGUAAUGUAAACAAGCUGUGUAUGUUUAUGUGUCCGUGUGUGUGUGUGUGUGAUGGUCCUCAGCGUGGUAAAUCCACAACAGAUAAAUAUGCAAGUCAAGGUGAGUAACAGGAGUGUCUGCUUUUCUAGCUUCACAUCACAAUGCUAUUUGAUUAGCAUAAGGCUAAAUGUAAUUACUGCAAAUCCUAAUUGUGUCUGCUAUUGCCAAAUGUCUUUAACAUGUACAGGUGUCUCUUAAUAUGAGAAUGCUUCUUGGGCGUAUGAUACAAAAACAACACAAAUCCUAUAAUUAAAUCAAGCUGAAUUUGGUCUCGGGAACUUGAAAAGAAAGUAGUAAUUUCUUGAAUUAAUAAAUUAGUGUUGACAGUUUAUAUUUGGUGGGAUAAUGCAGUUUGUCAUGAGUGAAUACAAAACCAUUUAAGGGUCUGGGAACAAAUGAGGAAGUAGCAGAACAGUGAUAACACACUAUACAGUAAUAAUGUAAAUGCCAUGUAGAGCACAUUUGCAAGUGUUAAAUUCUUGGUAUAAAGGGUUAUGAAUGCAAUAUCUGAGUGUUGAUUCUAGUGGUGUUAACACCAGUGGUAUAUCUGAGUGUUGAUUCUAGUGGGGUUAACACCAGUGGUAUAUCUGAGUGUUGAUUCUAGUGGGGUUAACACCAGUGGUAUAUCUGAGUGUUGAUUCUAGUGGGGUUAACACCAGUGGUAUAUCUGAGUGUUGAUUCUAGUGGGGUUAACACCAGUGGUAUAUCUGAGUGUUGAUUCUAGUGGUGUUAACACCAGUGGUAUAUCUGAGUGUUGAUUCUAGUGGGGUUAACACCAGUGGUAUAUCUGAGUGUUGAUUCUAGUGGGGUUAACACCAGUGGUAUAUCUGAGUGUUGAUUAAGAUGGCUUUACAUAUAGUUAUAACCGCGAAAGGCUUUGCUAUACUAUUUUACCAUAUAUACCACCAUCGUCCAAAGUGGAGAGCUCCAUGAUUGAAGCUCUGUAGGUUACAGUCGAGUAGACCCUAGUGGGAGGGGGAAUAGGUUACAGUGGAAUAGACCCUAGUGGGAGGGGGAAUAGGUUACAGUGGAGUAGACCCUAGUGGGAGGGGGAAUAGGUUACAGUGGAGUAGACCCUAGUGGGAGGGGGAAUAGGUUACAGUGGAGUAGACCCUAGUGGGAGGGGGAAUAGGUUACAGUGGAGUAGACCCUAGUGGGAGGGGGAAUAGGUUACAGUGGAGUAGACCCUAGUGGGAGGGGGAAUAGCUGAUGUGAUAAAGAAGCAAUCAUAUGCAUGUGUAAAACCCUACCUAUGUUUGUAUGUUAGCCCCUUGUAUGUUCAUAUUCUGCUUCUGUUGGUUUAUAUAGUAGGCUACUUGUAUUCACAGUUAUACGCCUAUAUAAUUAUUUUGUCAUUAAAAAGAACAUCUGUAA